UUCCACUGGAUUGGACAUAUUUGUUACUCUACUGUUUUGGCAUCUGUUCUAGAACAUAUGCAAUAAUGUCACCUCAAAAGAGAGUCAAGAAUUCCCAGGCACAAAAUAGAACUUCACAAGUUAGUAAUAGUUGUCAGACCAAACUCUCAGCUUGGAAAGCAAAACCAAGCAACUCAAAGAGCAUCUUGAAACAAAACAACACUGUGGAAGAUUGUGAACAUGGUGAUGAUCAAGCUGAAGAUGCUCUGCAAAUAACAUUGGAAUACUUUGAAAAAGGUCCUAUUAAAACUUCACGAAGUAAAGAUAAAAUCUUGGAAAAACACUUGAAAACUGUGGAGAAUAUGGCUUGGAAGAAUGGGUUAGCUCCAGACGCAAUUGACAUUCUAUUAAAUGCAGCACUCAGUGGCAAAUUUGGGAAUGCUAUAAAUACGCGGAUACUGAAGUGCCUGAUUCCAGCAACUCUAAUAUCAGAACAUUCUGUGGUUAAGGCAGUCUCCUGGCUCUGUGUUGGCAAGUGUUCUGGUAGCACCAAGGUACUUUUUUAUCGAUGGCUGGUUGCAAUGUUUGACUUCAUUGAUAAUAAGGAGCAAAUUAACUUGCUUUAUGGCUUCUUUUUUGCUUCAUUGCAAGAUGAUGCACUGUGCCCUUAUGUCUGCCAUUUGUUAUAUUUACUUACCAAAAAAGAAAAUGUCAAACCAUUUCGUGUGAGAAAGCUGCUUGAUCUUCAAGCUAAAAUCGGAAUGCAGCCUCAUCUCCAGGCUUUGUUGUCACUAUAUAAGUUCUUUGUUCCUACUUUGAUUUCUGUAUCUCUGCCUGUAAGGAAGAAGAUCUAUUUUAAGAAUUCAGAGAAUAUGUGGAAUUCAGCUCUACUUGCUAUGAGGCUAAGAAACCAGCAACCUUUUCCAGAACCUCUAAAACUGGUGUUGGGUUCAGCUAAUGUCCGUCCUCUAAAAAGAAAAUUGAAUUCUCACUCAGUUAUACCUGUGCUAAAUUCUGGUAGCUAUACUAAAGAAUGUGGAAAAAAAGAGAUGAGUCUUUCUGAUUGUCUCAGUCACAAUAGAUCCUUUCCACUAGAACAGCUUCAAAACUUCCCUCAACUCUUACAAAACAUUCAUUGCUUAGAGCUGCCUUCUCAGAUAGGCUCAGUGCUGAACAACUCUCUGCUACUUCACUAUAUUAACUGUGUCAGAGAUGAGUCAAUUUUAUUGAGGCUCUAUCACUGGUUGAGUCAAACAUUACAAGAAGAAUGUAUUUGGUAUAAGGUGAAUAAUUUUGAACAUGGAAAAGACUUUACCAAUUUCCUGGACACUAUCAUCAGGGCACAGUGCUUCCUACAGGAGGGGUUUUAUUCCUGUGAAGCAUUCCUCUAUAAGAGCCUUCCUCUCUGGGAUGGCCUCUGUUGUCGGUCACAGUUCCUUCAGCUUGUGAGCUGGAUUCCUUUUAGUAGUUUUUCAGAGGUGAAGCCACUUCUUUUUGAUCAUCUAGCCCAGCUCUUCUUUACAUCAACCAUUUAUUUCAAGUGUAGUGUUCUUCAGAGUCUGAAAGAGCUACUGCAGAACUGGCUGUUGUGGCUUUCUGUGGACAUUCGCAUGAAACCUCUGACGAGUAGUCUUCUAGAGACAACUUUGGGUGGAUCCAUGGACUCUGUAUCUAAACUGAUUGAAUAUGUAGGAUGGCUGUCCACUACUGCAAUGCGAUUGGAGAGUAACAGUACUUUCUUGUUGCACUUCAUUUUGGAUUUCUAUGAGAAGGUAUGUGACAUAUAUGUAAAUUAUAACCUUCCAUUAGUGGUAUUAUUUCCUCCUGGGAUCUUCCACUCUGCACUCCUCAGCCUGGAUACCAGUAUAUUGAACCAGCUCUGUUAUAUUAUGCACAGGUAUCAUAAAAAUUUGAGUGCAGCAAAGAAAAAUGAGUUGGUACAAAAGGCAAAAUCAGAGUUCAAUUUCAGCAGCAAGACCUAUCAACAAUUUAAUCAGUAUUUGACAACCAUGGUUGGUUGUCUGUGGACAUCCAAACCCUUUGAGAAAGGAACAUAUAUUGACCUCCAAAUCCUACAAAGUGCUGGAAUAAUGGAAUAUAAAAACAGUUUAAAUUUAGUCUGUCACCCUUCUCUAUUAAGCUAUGCUGCCUCCUUUUUGCUGCAGGAAAACCUGGAAGAAAGGACAAUAAACAUGGGCUCUAUUCAGGGGAAGAAAUGGAACUGGUAUUUGGAAUAUUUAUUUUCAGAGGGGUUACAAGGCUUGAAACUUUUCAUAGGAAGUAAUAUUCAUCAUUCUUCUGUCCCAUGAUCAGAGCUGUCCCCUGAUAAACCACCAUGGUAAAUAUUAAAUGAAUGUUUAC